ACCUGCGGCGCGGACAUGUCGGAAGUUUAGACGGUUGCUCUGGGUGAACGAAGUGAACAGUGACAGUCUCGCAUCAAACCAGAAACUAUUGUCUCCCCCUAAAUCAGCCCAGUCUCCCCUUUCCCUCACCCAUGGCGUCCGGCUCGGAUAUAGACAUCGAGGGGGCGACCCAGCACCUCCGGGACAUCCUGAAGCUCGACCGUCCCAGCAACAGCGCCGAUGCACAAUCAAGUGGUGCUCAGAGGAAGCCUUCUUUUAAUGGAGAGCUGAAUGGGUUGCUGGGGGCAGUCGGCCUUCUGGGAAGCACUGAUAGGUCCACCAUGUCAGACUCUACCGCACCCAUCUCCACAGACCUCUGCAGCACCCAGGAGAGUCAGAUAAUCUGCCUCUCCGGUGAUGAUGGCUCCACCUGCAUCUCCAUCACAUCCAGCAAUGUGGAGAUUGUGGCAAGUCAAGACUCCAGCAUCAACAGCAAGGCUCGGGGCAGCAACAAGGUGAAAAUUCAACCGGUUGCCAAGUACGACUGGGAACACAAGUAUUAUUAUGGCAGACUGAUAGCUGUGUCCAACUCCUUCCUCGCUUAUGCCAUCAGAGGAGCCAACAACCAUGCAAUGAUUCGUGUCCUGAGUCUGUCUUUUGCUGAGCGUUCCCUGCUGAAGGGAUUCACAGGGGCCGUCACAGAUCUGGCUUUUGCCCACCUCGACUCCUCUCUGUUGGGUUGUGUAGAUGAGGCGGGCAACCUAAUGGUCUGGCAACUCACCUGCACUGGAAACAAGAUUCUAGAUCAGAUAGUGAUUCAUAUAAGACGGCCAGAUGAAACUCCCCUGAACUCCCACAGACGCCUCAUCUGGUGUCCGUUCAUUCUGGAUGACAACGAGGAGAAUCAGGACGACGCCAGCCAGACCCUGGCCCUUCUACAUGAAGACAGGGCUGAGGUGUGGGACCUGGAAGUCUUGAGAGCCAACCACAGCAGUUGGCCUGUCGAUGCCUCAGAUGUCAAGGAAGGCCUCAUCACAGUGAAGGGACAUACUCAGCGAGUCAGUGAAGGAGCCUUGUCUCCAGACGGAACCGUGUUAGCCACAGCCAGCCAUGAUGGAUACAUCAAGUUCUGGCAGAUAUACAUAGAAGGACGACAGGACAAGCCCAGCUCUCCGUUUUCCAGAUGUCUGCACGAAUUGCAACCUCACGGAGGACGUCCCCUCUCCUGCCUUCUUUUCUGUGACAACCACAAGAGACAGGACCCAGAGGUUCCUUUCUGGCGUUUCCUCAUAACGGGAGCUGAUCAGAACCAGGAGUUGAAGCUGUGGUGCACUGUUUCCUGGACCUGUUUACAGACCAUCAGGUUCUCUCCAGAUCCGUUCAACUCCUCAGCUCUGCCAAGUUUGAAGGCCAGUCUGGACCUCGCUGCUGAGUAUCUCAUCCUCACUGAUGUACAGAGGAAGGUUUUGUAUGUGAUGGAGCUGCGGCAGGACAUGGAGAAAGGGAAGGCUAAUUUCACAGCUGUGUCAGAGUUUCUGCUGACUCACCCUGUGCUCAGCUUCGGAGUCCGGGACGUCGCCCACAGCCGACUGCAACACACUGAGGUCCUCCCUGCAGAGGAGGACAGUGAGAGCAUGACUACAGAGGGCGUUCAAGGACCCACAGAGUCCAAGUCUGGAAUCCAGAUUAAACUCUACUGUGUUCACACUAAGACUCUGCAGGAUGUCCAGAUCUGGUUUCAACCCAACGCACGUUCCAGUUCUGCACUGUUCCUGCCUCAUUCUGAUUCUCAGGAUGGUUUUGCUGCUUUUUCGGACCAUCUCACUGACCAGAGUUCUGACAAAGAGUCAGGAAGUGGAUCCCAGAACGACCUGCGGAAGAUCCCAUCUCUACCCGCUCCUGCUGACUUCCUGUCCAACUCUGUCUCUGGCAGUGGGCCGAUGCCCAAGCUGAUGACUCCUGAUGCCUUCAUGACACCAAGCACUUCGGUACCAGCAUCACCCGGCAGCAGCGCCAGCAGUCUGACCAUCGUAACGGCAACCAGCAGCAACUCUGACUCGACUAACAGAGCUCUAGACGAUCACAGUCACAGUCCUAACAGAGCUGAGAGCAGCAGCAGUAGUCUCACACUCUCUGCCUCCACCAGCAGCCCAAGAGCUGCUUCCGCUGUACUGCUGCCAGGACUGGAGAACCUACAGGCUUUGGCGUCCCCUAGUGGUCUUCUUUCACUUGACAACUCCCAGAUCAUGGACUCGCCAAUCCUGCAAAAUCUGGCCUCUCCGACCAGGGCCCGCUCCCCUGAUGUCAUCUCCUCCGCCUCCACGGCCAUGUCCCAGGACAUGCCGGAGAUCGCAUCCCAGACGCUGCAGCUUCAGCGUGGACUCAUGUCCAGCUUGGAGCCUUUACCACUUUCUGCGCUUCAGACAGACAGCAUGGCAUCUGCUGCCUCUGCUCUGCACCUGCUCACCUCUCCACGCACAGCCAACAACAGUCUUUUAGCCCUGGAACUUGGAGGUGCAGAUGGGCCAGUAAGUGGGGCUAUAGAGUCAGAGCCUAGACUCAGCCACACUCCCUCUUUGCUGGAGAAUGCCUUAUCGCAGGAGAACCCUGGGGUAGGAGGAGGGUCCUCCGAUGGAAACGUUAGCCACACACCUUGGCCAGCUGCACCCGACAUCACCAGAGAAACCAGGAACAGUCUCAGGGACAACGGCCUGGGAGACUGUUCAAGGGAAGAGUCAAAGGUGCACAUGAACUCACCUUACCAUCGACGCUCGUAUCACCUCUCACAGAACGACAGUCAGGACACCGGUGCAGAGCAGAGCGACCCUGAUGAUGAGGUGGCCAGCCUGGCGUCGUCUUCAGGAAACUGUGGCUCUCGCUCCUCUCACAGGAUCUCUGUGAAGGACUGGAAGACGUCACCACGAGGUUCACCAAAACUGAAGAGGAAGAUCAAGAAGGAUGACGGUGAAAUGGCUCAGUCCAGGCAAAUGGACUCAGCUCAGAUGAAUGUAGAAGUUCAGGAGGAGCUGUUGAUGCUCCUGCGUAGCCAGCAGAGGGAGCUGACUGAGCUGCGUGGACAGAUCGAAACCAUGCAGAGCUCCAUAAUGGCCCAGGUCGAUCAUGUCCUGUCCAACCACCAGGAGCAAGAACAGCGCAGACUGGAACGAGUUCUGGCCGAGAGUCAGAAUCACCAGCAGCAGCUUCAGGAGCAGCUCAGCCAGCAUCUCAGCCACGCCCUCACCUCCGCCCUCACCAACAGAAUGGACAAAGUGCUACGGGAUGAAAUGAAGAAAACCCUCCCACAAACAAUUUCAAAGAGCCUGGAGCCUGUGACAGGUCAGCUGAACAACACAAUUGCUGCCAAGCUGACCGCUGUGGAGGUCACCCUGAAGGACAACGUCAGCAAGGUGGUCAAAUCCAAGAACACGACGGAUGCAAUUGGUCGAGCGGCAGCUGAAGCGAUGCAGGGGCCAAUCCAGGCCGCAUACAAAGAUGCCUUCCAGAGCAUCGUGCUGCCCGUGUUUGAGAGAGGCUGCCAGUCCAUGUUUCAGCAAAUCAACGACAGCUUCAAACAAGGAACCCAAGACUACAUCCAGCAGCUGGAGACUCACAUGAAGAACAGAAAGCAGAGAGAGCAGGAGGCCCGAGACCCCAUCGUGGGCCAGCUCCAACAGAUGAUUGACAGCUUCCAAACCUCCAGUGACCAACUGGCCAAUAACAUCACAGCUAACGUCCGAGGCGAAGUCCAGCACCAGAUCCAGAUGAUGGUGGGAAAUUUGCAGGAGACUAUCCUCAGUCACGUUCAGCGGAUUGUUAAAGGGGAGGUGGGCCUGGCCAUGAAGGAGCAGCAGGCUGUGGUCACCUCCAGCAUCAUGCAGGCGAUGAGGUCGGCUGCCGGCACGCCCGUCCCCACAGCACACCUCGACUACCAGACACAGCAGGCCAACAUCCUGCAGCUCCUCCAGCAGGGCCAGCUCAACCAGGCUUUCCAGCAGGCUCUGUCAGCCACAGAUCUGAACCUGGUGUUGUAUGUGUGUGAGACCAUCGACUCUCAGCAGGUGUUUGGUCAGCACCCCUGCCCCCUGAGCCAGCCCGUCCUGCUGUCCCUCAUCCAGCAGCUCUCCUCCAACCUCUCCACCCGCUCUGAGCUCAAAAUCAGUUACCUGGAGGACGCGGUGAUGAAUCUGGACCACGGCGACCCGCUGACCAGAGACCACAUGUCCUCCGUGUUGGCCCAGGUCAGACCCAAACUCUUUGCGUUCCUGCAGCAGGACCCCCACAGCCUGCUCAGCAAGAGGGCGCGGCGCCUGAUGAUGAUGCUGCAGGGUCUCGUCAACCACUAGUUCUCCUCCUGGAGUCUGGUGCUGAGGAGAUAGAUGCAGAUCAUGAGUCCAGUUUUGUUAAAGUUGAGUCCAGGACGACUUCAGCCUCUUUGUUGGAGCGUGAGGAUGAAACUUGUUGGUUGGAGAUGAAGACGAGGGCUUGAAAACUUUUCACUUGGUUAAAGAAGGUUCCCUCCAGUUCCUCCACACAUUCUUUGUUCCUCCUCCUCUCACUGCACCAGGGACGUGUCAUGUUAGGAAAUAGACUGUUUUUGUUAUGCUUCCUUCCCCCUCGUCAUACCAUCAAUGCAAAACAACAACAUUCUGGACAGAGAGAUUGUUGUUGUCUGUUAAAGAGACUCUAAGUUCACUCUAGGUUCUUCCACACCUCCAUUACGGCUGCUCCUCCUCCUCCCGAUCAAAGAGCAAACGACUGCCUCACAGACGGCAGCACAGCCCUGAUAAUUAUGUUCAUCUCCACCCCCCCCACCCCCGACGCAUAGAACCGGACUUUUCAUGUUGCAUCAUCCAAAUGUGCAAAAGACUCAAAGAAUGUGCAGCUGAGCGAAACGUUGCCGUUUCCUUUUUUGUUGUUCCGCUCUGCUCCUCCGACCCGUCAGGCAGACACAUUGAGUUUCUGGACGGGAUGCGGACGCUGCCUCUGAGCAACAGAAACAACGGGAAAGUGCACAAAAAUGUCGCCGCGUUUCUCGGCCAUUGGAGCGAACAGGAGGCUCGGACGCAUUUUUUCUUUCCUUCUCGGGAGCAGCAUCCUCCUCCUCCUCGCUCGGAGUUACAGUGGAAUUCAGUUGCCGCAGAAACGCGCUGCUCAGUUCAGUUCUCUUUAACAACCCAGCGACUCCCAGCAACCAGAAGAAUCAAACAUCCAAAGCCAAUUUAUGUUGGUGGGAUUUUUUUCCUUUCAGUUGUUUCUUAUUAGGUUGGAGAUAAAAAAAAAAAAAACCUCAACAGGCCAAAUCUCUCUCAGCGAGGAUCAGCGCGUGGAAUUGUUUUACUGAAAGUUAAUAAGAUUUGUUUUGUGUUUGGAGAAUUCAGGAUGAAACGCAUAUCUCAUUAUACCCUUUUUUUCAAUCUGACCUUGUUUUCACAAAUCUUAUUGAUGAGAGUUUCUGAAGGAAACAAAUACGGCUAAAGGAGAAAUGACUACAAAAUAAAAAAACAUUUGUGAAAUCUUAUAAAUAUUUGAGAAAGCCCUUCAGGCUGAAACAAAUCCCCCUUUAGAUUCUGAAUGGUUUGGCGCCUGUCGAGAAGUUGGCAGUUUAUCCUCGUGUGCAGCUCCGACUGCUUUUCUUCUGUCAGUCCCCUUUUUUUAUAUAUAUAUAACAGUUAGUAUUUGUAAGACUUGUAUACUUGCUUUAAAAUUUGUCAAACUAGUUAUUAAACAUAAUAAAAAUGUUUCCUAAAGUUUAAUGGUUACUGCUGAUGAUUGUUUUUUUGUUGUUAUUUUUGUUUUUUUUUUAAAUCAGGAAAUUCAAAGUCAUGUUUGUCAAACUUAAUGUGCAGUUCCUCCUCACAGACUCUAGGAGGCAGCACUUAUUUGGAUUGCAGAUGUUCCCCCCCCCCCACCCCCGCCCCGCCCCUGCUUGUCUUUUGGAAGUUUUGAGUUCAGAAAAUCAUUCCUGCUCUUUGUCUGUUGAGCCGAACAUCGAACCGCUCGUGUUCCGGUUGUGAAAGCACUGAUUCUUCAUCUUUUUUUUAAAAGUGUGUGUGAUCGUUUGUGUGCAGCUCAGUUACACACGUUGUUUAACUCACAACAGGGCGUUCACACUUCUGCUGAUUGUAAAAUAAAAGCUGUGUUUAUUUGCCCCCUGUGUUCAGAAUCAGUUAAGGUGGAUUUGUCUAGCAAGUGCCUUAUUGUUCUCGAUCUGUUUUGGACGUUUGAUCUCAUUUAGACAACUUGUAAUGUUUCAGGCGUGAAAAAAAUAUCUCAUUUAAAUCUGACACGUUUUAUUUCAUUAAAAACUUGGAUCUGAAAGUGCAGCUGAAGCAGCAGCGAGAGGAGAACCUGUGCGUUUAGUUUGCAAACAUCCAGCUCACGACUUUGGACCCGGACAGAUGAGCGAUCAUGUCAGUGAGGAAAAGAGAGAAAUGUUUAUUCUGACUUUCAGCGUCAGUCCGUGCUGCAGAAGAGGAAACCGUCUGUUUUCUGUUUUCUCUCUUUCCGUUGUGUUCGUUUCCCUCGGCUUGUUAAGUUGUUGUCUUUUACAGUUUCUUUUACCCUCAACAUUUUGGAAUAAAAUUAAAAAAGACUUG